AUGUUGGAUGACAUUCUCCUUGGAUUCAUUCAAAUGAAAGAAGAGGCUGAAUUCAUGAAGAAUUCAGUAUUAGAGGACCCUUAUGUUGACACCACGUUGGAGGACUGGUUCCAGAGAUAUCUGGACCAGGAAUCUUCUCCUCCUGCACCUCCUGAGGAGGCACAGGAUUUGUAUGAUUCCUUCAUCCCGGACUUUGUCUGUCCUGAGGACACAGAUGGGCCUCUGGAAGUCCCUCCAGACUCUCCUCUCCUUCCUACCUACAGCGUUCCUCCAGUGGUCCCUCCCUACACCGAUGCUCCUCCCACCUGCGAGUCCCCUCCUCCCAAUCCUGUGUCACCAUCCUUCAUCCCCACCAUCACCAAUGCUCCUCCAACCUGCGAGGCCCCUCCUCCCAAUCCUCCUCUGCCACCAUCCUUCAUCCCCACCAUCACUGACACUCCUCCCACCUGCGAGGCUCCUCCUCCCAAUCCUCCUCUGCCACCAUCCUUCAUCCCCACCAUCACCGACGCUCCUCCACCAGUCCGUCCCCGCACUCCUUCCCCACCCAGACCUCACAUUAAAAAACCGCCAAACUCAUUUAUGCUGUUUCGCCAGGAGCAGCGCCCCCUUGUGGCGGCACAGAAUAAUAUCACCGACUGUGCCGCCAUCAACAAAAUUCUGGGACAGAUGUGGAAAUCACUUUCUGAACCUGAAAAAGAAAAAUAUCGCAGACAGCAGAAAGAGUUGAGCGAGCGACAUUAUGAGCUCCACCCAGACUGGAUGCCCACUUCCACAAAGAGAAAGGCAGACGGCCAGACCCGGACUGAAGAACCAAAGAAACAACGUAAGAAAAGGAAGCAGGCAGAAGAGACAAAGAGGAAAGAUGACGACGACGACUGCCACACUGUUCAGAUCUCAGUCAGGAUCCCCACGAAAAGCUUCUGCGCGUUUUGGGAGGAACAGCGCAGCCGUGCACCCGAGCAAGACUCCUUCCAAAACGACCACCACAAAAAGAUGGAGCAGAUGUGGGAUUCUCUGACCGUCCAGGAAAGACAUGUGUUCUACCGUCUGGGUCACGGGUUGGCCGUCAGGAAGGUUGGAAGUGAGAGAACAUCCUGAUGUUGACAGUCAGCAAAAACAGCAUGCACGUGCACUUUGUGUUUGAUUUUUUUAUAUUGUCACAAUAAUAAAUUAUCUUUACAAAA